AUGGAGAAUGAAUCUGACUGUGUGUUUCCUAAAUCUUAUGUGAUGAAAGGAGGAGAAGGUCCUCAUAGCUAUGCUCAAAACUCAACCGGUCAGAAAUCAGCAAUUGAAGCAGCCAAGCACCAUCUCCAAAAUGCCGUUACCAAAAAGUUUGAUUUUAAAGCCAUUUCUGCUUCUUCUAAUAACCUAAUCUGCAUAGCUGACUUGGGUUGCUCCACCGGGCCAAACACCUUCAUUGCAAUUCAAAACAUAACAGAAGCAAUACAACUCAAAUGCCAAUCUCAAAAUCAAUCUGCUCCAGAAGUCCUAGUCUUCUUCAAUGAUCAAGCAUCAAACGAUUUCAACACUCUCUUUCAAAACCUUCCUCCCAAUAGAAACUAUUUUGCAGCUGGAAUUCCUGGCUCUUUCUAUGGACGUUUAUUUCCAAAACAAAGCCUGCAUUUAGUUCACACUUCUGCAGCAUUGUCUUGGCUAUCUGAGUUGCCCAAGGAACUUACAGAUAGAAGUUGUGGUGCUUUGAACAAGGGGAGGAUUUUCUAUACUAAUGCCCCAAGUGAAGUUUAUGAUGCUUAUCAGAGACAAUUUAAGAUGGAUUGGGAGGCAUUUCUACAAGCCAGAGCACAAGAGCUUGUAGACAAUGGGAUCAUGGCUUGUUUGAUGAAUGUAGUUAAUGAUAUUGAUUUUAAAGUGGACUUGUAUCUUGGGAAAGAUUUUGAGCUAUUGGCAAGCUGUCUAACGGACAUGGCCAAAUCGGGAUUGAUUCAAGAAGAAAAAGUGAACACUUUUAAUGUUCCUGUAUUUUACCCACAUGUGAAGGAUUUGAUGAAAGUACUUGAAACUAAUGAAGAUUUCAGCAUAGAACAAUCAGAGGUACUGGAUAACAACUGCUUUGUCGUACCAAACAUUGAAUCUUUUGUUUCUCGAUUACGAGCUGUGCUGGAAGUACUGAUUGAGAAUCACUUUGGAGUGGGAAUUGUUGAUGAACUUUUUGAGCGUUUCACUGACAAAGUUAGAGAAUUCCCAGAAAUCAUGGAUGUUCCCAAGCUUAAGUUCCAUUUGUUUUUUGUUGUUCUUACGCGCAAGUUUAUUGUUGCCUUGUUGAAAGCCAAAAGUAAAGAAGUGAGAGAGAUGGUGACAAUCAUCCUUGAAAGAGUGGAACACAUAUGGGACAUUUGGAAUGUCCGAGGAGCCAUCAUGUUUAGCUUCUUGGUUCAAGUGUUUUUGGUCUUAUUUGCUCCCUUCAGGCCACGCUUAGAUAGCUUGCUGCUCCAAUUCCUCAUUUGGACUGCGUACAUGCUUGCUAAUUGGGCUGCCAACUUCACCGUGGGACUCAUCACCAACAAUGCAGGUGGCAACAACAAUGGCGGCAACAAGAAAAUCUUGAGGGCUCUGUAG